CCGGGCAGGGCGAGCAGCUGGGGAGGGGGGCAGGGAAGGAGAGUUGGAGACUACUGAGCCUGCGACCUGAACCGGCAGAAGCAUUUUAAAGCGGGGGGCUCAACCCCCAGACCUCCAGAAAUGACGUCAGAAUCAUUUGCAUCCCGCUGCUUCUACCUGCCCGGUCCAGCUGGGACCCUGCCUCGCCGGCCCCCUGGCCAGAGGGUUGGGUGAGUGUGUAUGGAGAAGAGGGCUGGACUCUGGUCUCCUUGGAUGUGGGGGUACCACAGGCUCACCAGCCUCCUGGGCUCAGCCUGGGCCCCUCCCCAUCCAACCUCCACUCCAGUCCUCAUUCAACUUCCUCUUCCUGCGAAAGAGGGGCGCUGCCCCGUGACCUACACAGACUGAGACAGGAUCGCCAGGAAUGGGGACCUCUGGAAAAGCUCGGGAGCCGAGGCCCGAGGGGUACACCGGAGAUCCAAGGGGAGACUCUGGGAGGGGGCUGAAUCACAGCCUCCCAACAGCCUCCCAAUGCCCAGGCUUUGGAAAGGAGCUGGGGGCUUCCCAUCUCCUUUUGCAGGGGAGGGUUGUCAGUCGGAGGGGUGUGUACUGGGGGCACCCCAGCCCCUGCCAGCUAACCCCACAUCACCACCACCACCCCCCAGCACCAGCACCACCACCACACACAAAAAAAAUUGGAUACAUUUUGAAUAAAGCGAUUCGGUUCCUUAUCCGGGGACUGGGUUGCUCCGUGUGAUUGGCCGGCGGAGUCACAUGGUGAAAGUAACUUUACAGGGUCGCUAGCUAGUAGGAGGGCUUUAUGGAGCAGAAAAACGACAAAGCGAGAAAAAUUAUUUUCCACUCCAGAAAUUAAUGAUCAUGAGCUCGUAUUUGAUGGACUCUAACUACAUCGAUCCGAAAUUUCCUCCAUGCGAAGAAUAUUCGCAAAAUAGCUACAUCCCUGAACACAGUCCGGAAUAUUACGGCCGGACCAGGGAAUCGGGAUUCCAGCAUCACCAUCAGGAGCUGUACCCACCACCGCCUCCGCGCCCUAGCUACCCUGAGCGCCAGUAUAGCUGCACCAGUCUCCAGGGGCCGGGCAAUUCGCGAGGCCACGGGCCGGCCCAGGCGGGCCACCAUCACCCCGAGAAAUCACAGCCGCUCUGCGAGCCGGCGCCUCUCUCGGGCGCCUCCGCCUCCCCGUCCCCAGCCCCGCCAGCCUGCAGCCAGCCAGCCCCUGACCAUCCCUCCAGCGCCGCCAGCAAGCAACCCAUAGUCUACCCAUGGAUGAAAAAAAUCCACGUUAGCACGGUGAACCCCAAUUAUAACGGAGGGGAACCCAAGCGCUCGAGGACAGCCUACACCCGGCAGCAAGUCCUGGAAUUAGAGAAAGAGUUUCAUUACAAUCGCUACCUGACCCGAAGGAGAAGGAUCGAGAUCGCCCACUCGCUGUGCCUCUCUGAGAGGCAGAUCAAAAUCUGGUUCCAAAACCGUCGCAUGAAAUGGAAGAAGGACCACCGACUCCCCAACACCAAAGUCAGGUCAGCGCCCCCGGCCGGCGCUGCGCCCAGCACCCUCUCCGCAGCCACCCCGGGCACUUCUGAAGACCACUCCCAGAGCGCCACGCCGCCGGAGCAGCAACGGGCAGAGGACAUUACCAGGUUAUAAAACAUAACUCACACCCUGCCCCCAUCCCAGGCCCCCCAUCCUCCCCUCACACACAAAUUGACUCUUAUUUAUAGAAUUUAAUAUAUAUAUAUAUUUUGGUUCUUUUCUCUCUUCCUCCCACCUUCCCCCUUGUCAAUUCCAAACAGACAAAACAGAUAAACAAACAAGCCCCCUGCCCUUCUCUCCUUUCCACUGUUAAGGACCCUUUUAAGCAUGUGAUGUUGUCUUAGCAUGGUACCUGCUGGUUUUUUUUUUUGUUUGUUUGUUUGUUUGUUUGUUUUAAGGCCAUUUUGGGGGGUUAUUUAUUUUUUAAGGAAAAAAAACUGCAAAAAUUAUAUAUUACAAGGUGUGAUGGUCUGGUUUGGGUGCAUUUCAGGGGAAAUGAGGAAAAGAAAAAAGGAAAGAGAUUUUUAAGCCAGUACUCCUCCUUCUCCUCCUCCUCCUUCCCCCCCUCUUUCCUUAGGCCUUUUGCAUUGAAAAUGCACCAGGGGAGGUUAGUGAGGGGGAAGUCAUUUUAAGGAGAACAAAGCUAUGAAGUUCUUUUGUAUUAUUGUUGGGGGGAGCUGGGAGGAGAAGGGGGAAGACAGCAGACAAAGCUAAAUGCAUCUGGAGAGCCUCUCAGAGCUGUUCAGUUUGAGGAGCCAAAAGAAAAUAAAAAUGAACUUUCAGUUCAGAGAGGCAGUCUAUAGGUAGAACACCCCACCUCACCCCCCAUCGUGGUUAUUGUGUUUUUGGACUGAAUUUACUUGAUUAUUGUAAAACUUGCAAUAAAGAAUUUUAGUGUCGAUGUGAAAUGCCCCGUGAUCAAUAAUAAAC